GCGCGAUAUAAAAAUUCUCCUAACCGUCUCUCCGCUCACAACUACCAGUCUCACACAGAAAGAUUGAAACGACUGAUUGGUGAAAUAUUCGGUUUCUCAUCCCUUCUUCUUUGUUCUUCAAUGGAUUAUACCCAACUUUUCAGAUUUGUGGUGUUUCAGGAUGGAGGGAUCAGCUCACACUUCAUCAAUUCCCGCUUCUUCUUCGUCGGCCACAUCGCCGUGGGCUUCGAGGACUACAGAGACAUCGACAUCGUCUUCUUCUUCGCGUGUGCGUGAGGGAGAGGAGGAGACAGGGGAUAUUGGGCAAGCUCCACAGCUGAUUCAGCAAGAGACUGGCGUUUCCUAUAAUAUGGACUUCCCUAUGACCGAUGAAGAGACGUCGAGAUUGAUCAGAGACGAUACCUGGUCUUGUAUCAUCGUUGUCCUCACCUUUUGGUUCUUUGUAUCUAUGACUCUGAUGUUGGGGGUUUACGGUACCGUGACUUUACAAUUUGGACCAAAUUGCUCGCUUCUAAUACAACCAAACCCCUUCUUUGUUGAUUAUAUAAAGGCGCAAGAUUUAGAUGAUGCAAAGCUUGGGACUACUUUAUAUGGAUUUUACAAUGUUCCUCCUCUUGACGUCAUUUCCACUUGGUCCGAUACUCAUACUCCCUAUCUACCUUAUGGUUCACAUAAGGAGUGGAUAUAUUACUUGAAUGAGAGAUCUCAAAUAAACAUUUCAUACAGUGUAAACUCCUCAAGCUCAGCAUACAGUGUAAACUCCUCGAGCUCAGCUUCUAUAAUCCUUAUAAUUGCACAAGGAAAUGAAGGAUUUGCCAAGUGGAUUGAGGACCCAUCAUAUCCUAACACGACCUUAUCAUGGAAUAUCAUUCACGGAAGUGGUACGAUCCAGCAGGAUAUCGUGACGUCUUCCAGUUACUAUGUUGCAGUGGGUAACUUGAACUCGGAAGAAGUGGAGGUGCAAUUAAACCUUAGGGUAAAGGCUUUUCUGUAUAAUGCAACUGAGGCUUACUACAAGUGUAAUUUGGCUGAUGGCCCUUGUAAAUUGAAACUUUUUUUCCCAGAGGGAAACGCUGCUGUGUUAACAUCUCCUGGUCCAGAACAGGGUACAUCCAGUAACGAGUGGCAUGUUAAACUGUCCUAUGGACCUCGAUGGAUCACAUAUAUUAUCGGCACAGGUGGAAUGACCAUCCUCAUGUUAUUGGCAUUCCACAUCUUGAACAAUUUCCAGUGCAACCGUGAAGUUGGAACUAGAGCACAUUUUGGGGAUAUGGGAUCUGAGAGAGCUCCUUUGCUCUCACGCAAAGAUGAUGAUCUCUCAAGUUGGGGCUCAUCUUAUGAUUCUGUCUCAGACAAUGAAGAUCCUGAAGAUGGCCUGGCUGUGGGUUCACUUGAAGGAAAGCCACUGAAAGACGGUGAAUACAAUAGUAAUAUCCGGCGUCUUUGUGCAAUUUGCUUUGAUGCUCCUAGAGACUGCUUCUUCCUUCCAUGUGGGCAUUGUGUGGCUUGUUUUGCAUGCGGAACAAGGAUUGCAGAGCUGGCAGGUACUUGCCCCAUCUGCCGUAGGAACAUGAAGAAAGUGAGAAAGAUUUUUACGGUUUGACCAACAUACAGAAUUUUCUUACACGGGUGCUUCUUGGUUGAGUAACUCACAAAAUGGACUAAUUGUGUUUACACCAUUGCUCUUGUGCUGGAGAUAGUAUUUGAUCACGGAAUUUAUAGAUAGGUGAUCAAAAUAGUUUUGCAAAGUAGGAUGGUAGAGCCUUUUGUUUUUUACAUGUAUCGUGAGUUGAUCACUUUCUUUUUCUUCUUUCCCCUCCGUUAUGGUUUAUGUAUAUUUGUUCAAAAACAAUUUGCUCCAAAAAUCAACACUUUUUUCCCUUUUUUUUUUUUUUUUUUACAUCUCCAAAAACCAACUUGUUGAUUAUCAUAUUGGCUGGAUUUAUAUCACAUUUUGGUUAUUGAAUCGAGUGUUCCUUAUUA